UUUGGGUUGCGGAUUUGGUGCGAGCUCCUGCUGCUUGUGUACAUAACAAACCAGUUCGGCUAAAACGGAAGCGACGUUGCAGGAUUUAAGCACUAAAUUAUAUUCUGAAGCGAAAUAACUGGUUUUGUUUGUUAAAUGUGUGUUUAAUUUGACCUGUAAUCAUCUCACUGUGGCGUUUUGAAGAAGCUGCGCCUUGGUGUGAGGACCUGGAGCUCGCGCUGAAAGUCUUAUAAACAGCUGUUUUUGCCUGCACCAAGUGUUGAAGUCAUGGCAGCGGACUGUGAGGCCUGGCUGAAAGCCAACCCCGUCGAAGCGGACGAUCUGAGUGACUCGUAUCAGUCGGGCGGCGAGGAAAACGGCCUCGGGUCCAGAGGCAAGAACGAGAUCAACGGAAACUGGGUUCCGGCACCAGUGGGAACCGUACACGAGGCUCGGCUCAAGGCCAGGGCCAAGCGGCGCCUCCGUAAGAACUCGUCCAGAGACUCUGGCCGGGGGGAUUCUCUGAGCGAGAACGGGGACGCGUCCCGCUCCACCGCACCCCCCACCAGCCCCAAAGGCAAGGUGUUGGACCGCAGAUCACGCCUGGGCAAAGGGAGGGGCCUGCCAAAGAAAGGUGGUGCUGGUGGUAAAGGUGUGUGGGGAACACCAGGAGAGGUGUAUGAUGAGGAAGAGGUUGAUGUCCGGGACCCCAAUUAUGAUGAGGAUCAGGAGAACUGUGUGUACGAGACGGUGGUGCUGCCACUGGAUGAGGACAACUUCACUCAAACGGUCACGCCCAUCGUACAGGAGUACUUUGAGCACGGAGACGCCAAUGAAGUAGCGGAGUUAUUAGGCGAGUUAAAUCUGGGCUCCAUGCGUAGUGAUGUCCCGCUUCUGGCUGUGUCCUUGGCGUUGGAGGCCAAAGCGAGUCAGAGAGAGCUCACGUCCCUUCUGCUGUCACGCCUGUGCGGCAGAAUCCUCAGCCGCUCCGACAUCGAAGCCUCCUUCCACAAGCUGCUGAAAGAGCUGCCUGACCUGGUGUUGGACACGCCCACAGCGCCACAGCUGGUUGGUCAGUUCAUUGCCAGAGCUGUAACAGAUCAGAUUCUGUCCAAGAGCUACAUCGAUGGCUAUAAAGGAAGAGUGGACUGUGAACAUGCCAGGGCUGCUCUGGACCGUGCUGCCGUACUGCUCAAGAUGAGCAAGGAGGCGGGCCUUAAGAUGGAUAACCUCUGGGGCUCAGGGGGAGGACAGAGACCUGUCAAUCAACUCAUCAAAGAGGUAAACCUGCUGCUGAAGGAGUACGUGCUCUCAGGGGAUACGGCGGAGGCGGAACGGUGUUUGAAGGAGCUCGAAGUGCCGCACUUCCAUCAUGAGUUUGUCUACGAGGCGAUCGUGAUGGUUCUGGAAUCCAAAGGCGACACGACGCUUCAAAUGAUCCUGAAGCUGCUGAAAUCUCUCUUUGACUCUUCAGUCAUCACUCUGGACCAGAUGAGAAGGGGUUAUGAGAGAGUGUAUAUGGAUAUUGCAGAUAUUAACAUCGACGUGCCGUGUGCGUAUUCUCUACUGGAGCACUUUGUGGAUAAGAGCUUUAGUACUGGAGUCAUUGACAAAAAACUCAGAGACUUGUGUCCAUGUCGAGGAAGAAAGAGGUUUGUCAGUGAAGGAGAUGGCGGACUUCUCAAACUUGAAACCUACUGAGUCCACGACUUCCCGUGUCCACCUUCUCUGCCAUGUUUGAGGAAACUAGUGCAACUUGUCUGAAAACUGCAUACGUCUGUGUAUCCUACAGGUUUAGGUCUAUAUCUCCCUCCUGACAAGAACGUAGGGCUUACGCAAAGGAACGUAGCUAUGGAAUAACCCCCACGCACACCUGUUUAAGGUGACUAGAUAAGCUAAAACUUUGAAAAAGUGUCACGGUUUGAAAUGACGGCAUCAUUCCAGGUUUUGUAUUUUUCAGUUCACUGCCACUUGGCACGUUUCACUGGCUGUCCGGUUAGCAGGAUAACUUGAGCCAGAUGUGCUUUAACCGGUCUUAAUUUAUCCAGCCUGUAUAAUCUGCUUUGCAAAUUCCACUUUACAAACUGUCUCUCUACUUUUACAGUGUUUAUAGAGUUGGUAGGUUUGUUUGAAACCUUUUCAUGUUGGUUCCAACUCUCUCUUAUCUUCCUGAAGCUUGCUGCUUGUGUUUCCCUGCUCAGUCUAACGGACAUCAGUACUGGAUGCAACUGACAACAAAAUGGCAAUACAUGACACAAAUGUGAACCAAUCAGGAUUAUUUCCGCACGUUGUCAAAUUAUUUUUAUAUUUUCCGAACAGUGACAUGGGCAUAUUUACCAAAUGUUUUUCGUUAUUUCUUGAAAAUGGGUAAGAAAUAAAGAUUAAAGUAAGUUUG